CACGGAAGUAUUUUGGUAACGGACCAACUAGAAACAGCUCGGAAGUGCGGAUACGUUUGUGCGCCUCUUAUGCUUGAGUUGGUCUGUGUUAACGUUUGGUGGUUCUGAAUGGUUUCAGUUCACAUGUAAGCCUAAAUAAAUUACGUCAAAUCCCGGGUUACAAUAUUUCAACAUGCCACGGAGAAAGAGGACAGCGGGCAGCAGCUCGGAUGGAACAGAGGACUCUGAUUUUUCCACUGACCUGGAGCACGCUGCUGAGACCGCUGGCAGGCGAAGCAGCACACGCCUGACUCGCUCGUCCCUGCGCCUCAGCCAGAGCUCACAAGAAAACUGCUGCUCAGCACCAAGCAGCUCUCCUGCUGCAGGAGGUCCUGACGAAGGUCCGGACGCAGCUGCAGCUGUGGCAGCAUCUGUCUUCUCCUCCGGGCGCAGGAUCACGCGCAGCCAGCAGGGAGCGGCAAACGCCACGGCUAAAAAGUACCCGCUGCGCCAGAGCAGGUCGUCUGGCUCGGACACUGAAGUCAACGACGUGAAGCAGGGAGCAGACCGAGACGAGACGCCUCCUCGCACCCCGACAGGAAACGCUCCGUCUUGUGAAUCCGACAUCGACGCUUCCAGCCCGAGUGUCGACCACGUGUCUUCUGGCAACGACGUCGUGGUGUCACAAGAGGAGGACGAGAGGCUGGCCAAGGAACUGUCCCUGAAAGAAGCCGCCGCCCACGACCUCUCCCAUCGGCCCAAACGCCGGCGCUUCCACGAAAGCUACAACUUCAACAUGAAGUGUCCCACUCCAGGGUGCAACUCGCUGGGCCAUCUCACGGGGAGACACGAGAGACAUUUCUCCAUAUCAGGAUGUCCUCUGUACCACAACCUCUCUGCUGAUGAAUGCAAGGGCAAGACAUCGGUCCGCGACAAACAGGCUGAGGAGAGGUCACAGCAGCAGGAUGAGAGCCGACACUCCACCCGGAGCCAGGCUCCUACGGAGCGUCAGCAGCGCUACAAAGAGAAGGUGACGGAGCUCAGGAGGAAGAGGAACUCUGGCCUGAACAAGGAGCAGAAGGAGAAGCACACGGAGCACCACCAGAGCCACGAGACACGCCGGGAGCCUCUUCUGGAGAACAUCACCAGCGACUACGACCUAGAGCUGUUCAGGAAAGCGCAGGCACGUGCCUCGGAGGACCUUGAGAAGCUCCGCCUGGCCGGUCAGGAGUCGGAGGGCAGCAACAUGAUCGGGACCAUCGUGUUUGGGCGUUUCGAGCUGGACACCUGGUACCACUCUCCCUACCCGGAGGAGUACGCCCGCCUCGGGAGGCUCUACAUGUGCGAGUUCUGCCUCAAGUACAUGAAGAGUCAGACCAUCCUGCGCCGACACAUGGCCAAGUGUGUGUGGAAACACCCUCCAGGCGACGAGAUCUACAGGAAGGGGAACAUCUCUGUGUUUGAGGUGGACGGGAAGAAGAACAAGAUUUACUGUCAGAACUUGUGUCUGCUGGCCAAGCUCUUCCUGGACCACAAAACGCUGUACUACGACGUGGAGCCGUUCCUGUUCUACGUCAUGACUGAAGCCGACGGCACCGGCUGUCACCUGGUGGGAUACUUUUCCAAGGAGAAGAACUCGUUCCUGAACUACAACGUGUCCUGCAUCCUCACCAUGCCGCAGUACAUGAGGCAGGGCUACGGCAAGAUGCUCAUCGACUUCAGUUACCUGUUGUCCAAGGUGGAGGAGAAGGUGGGCUCGCCUGAGCGCCCCCUGUCCGACCUGGGUCUGAUAAGCUACAGGAGUUACUGGAAAGACGUUCUGCUGAAGUACCUGAAUCGUUUUCAGGGCAAGGAGAUCUCCAUCAAAGAGAUCAGCCAGGAGACGGCGGUGAACCCGGUGGACAUCGUCAGCACGCUGCAGUCCCUCCAGAUGCUCAAGUACUGGAAAGGAAAGCACCUGGUGUUGAAGAGACAGGACCUCAUCGAUGACUGGAAGGACAAGGAGACCAAGCGCGGUAACGGCAAAACCAUCGACCCCUCGGCCUUAAAAUGGACCCCGCCUAAAGGGACAUAGACACACACACACACACACACACACACACCGACUCUCGGCCCUCGCUGAGCUGACGGGAAGUCGCUCAGACUCUCGUUUGGUUGAUCUGGAACCGAAAGGAUGACUCCAUUCUCCGUUUAUUUGUAUCAGAAAUCUGUUAAUUUAUUCAGAAGUUCAGCUGAAGGUUGUUCUGCGUAUGAAAUACGGAUGUUUGCAGGUGAGGAGGUCACCCGGAGCAGCCUUUCUGAAGACACACUCCAAACGUUCUAACACCUACUUAAACAUCUGGCACUCGAGCCCAACCCUCUCCGCACGCUGCAGCUUCACAUCUUCUCUGUUAGCAAGCAUCUGGUCAGAAACGCCUCUCAGGUUACCAGCAGCCAUGUCAGGUCUAGAUUAGGAUUAGGAUGGGACUACCUGUCUGAAAGGUAAACUCCACACAGCCUCGCUGAUGUCGGGAGUUAAGGCUCGUCAUUCAUUCACCUCGUUAGCGUCAGCUAGAGCCUCCUAAUCCAGUCAGAGCCGACGGACCGAGCGCGGGUCCACAAACCAGCUGGCUGUGGUGGGCGUGCAGCAGGCUCAAAGACCAGGGAAGGAAAGGGUUGUGGGUUUAAAACCUCUAGAGAGACCGAAUGUUUUGAGCUCCAGAUGAAUAUUUAUCUUCUAACGUCACAGAAACGGUGGCUGUUUGAACCCAAAGCUGAUGCCUUCAUCAGCUCUCUCACACACACACACACACACACACACACACACACACACACACACACACACACACACACACACACACACACACACUCCCUCUGCUCCAGCUGUCCACGUGUGGACCUCCAUGUGCCAACAGGCAGGGACACACCUGGACGGGGGGUGGUGAUGACCUAUUCUUACGUUUUCUGACCUUUGAACCCACCUGAGUCGUGUGGUGUUCGUUACCUGCAGCCAGCUGUAAGCGCUGAAGGCAGCAGGAGUGUUUCUCCGCUGUUCCGGCUCUGAAGGUCGUGGUAUACCUGCUGUUUAAGCUGGCUUUGGUGUGUCUUUGUCCACAUACCUGCAUGUAGCACUGGGGCGCUCCACUAGGGGCGCACUAGAGAACUCUGACCCGUUGGAGAGCCGGGUUUGUGGGUACCACCAGCUCAGUAACUGGCAGCGGUAGACUCCUGAACCCGAGACGGAGUCACCGUGGCGAGUGUGUCCCACACAUGUUGUCAACGUGUCGCGUUCCUUUCGGAGACGCGCACAAACCGCGAUUCAAACCAAAGCAAGUUAUGCACGGCGUCCAUUUUAACCAGCAAGUGUAUCACGACCCUACACUUUCAGUUCUGACGGUUUCUACCUCCAAGUCUUUAACUUCCCACUUCUGUUCUGCGCGCACACACGAGUGCUUUGUUUGGACCUUUAAACACGUUUCUGAGAGUCUAGCGUACCUGCAUGCAGGUGUGUGGUAGGGUCAGGGUUACCCUAACCCUCAGAGGAGGAGCAGGAGGGAAAAUUCUCCUCAGCCAAAAGGGUCAAAGGUCACCUGCAGCUCGUAUUACCGUUUUAUGCAGUCAUGGAAGGAUGAGGGUUAUUGCCGUUGUCUGAGUGAAAUUCGUAUUUAUUCUUCAGGACUUGACCAAGUCAGUUCAGCCUAAAUGUGUUUGACUUUGUUUAGCAGGAAAACUAAAUGAGUUAUUGGAGACAAGAAGACUUGAGAUGAGUUAUAAAAGUCCUGUGGUCCACACAAAACAUGUUCUUAAAGCCCUCUCGCAUAAAGAGACUUCAGCAGUUUUCAGUACCUUCCACAAUGAGCCGUUUCAGGGCAAGCUGCUGCUGGCCACGCCCACCCGUGUCCCGCUCAAGCUGCAAUAGGCUGAGAAGGUCCAACAUCCGGGGUGGGCUCAGAGUAGAGCCGCUGCUCUUCCAGGUUAGAGAUGCUUCUAUUCUCAUGUCCCCGUUUGUGACAUCACAUUGGGGGACUUUCUAAAAUGACUCGUUUUAGACAAAUAACUCCUAAAACCAAACGCUGACAGAAAACAGGUCGAGGUUUUUUUAUGUCUGGAGAGUUAGUAGAGACCAACAUGGCUGCACCAAAAGGUGAGUUUUACUGGAUAUGUCCCUUUUCAGAUGUGCCCCGUUCGCUUCAGAAGUAGGACUCUGGAUCUGGGAACGCUGUGCAGACCCCCCCCCCCCAGUGGCUGGCUGCAGUACGAGUUUUAAGCCCCGCCUCUUCUGUGUAAAUGAAUACAUAAUUACACCCCAGCUGCGAAACCUCCUUCCCUCGGGCGGCUCUGACUUUGCUGAUGUGUGUUCACACAUGAAAAGGUCUCGCAUGUAAAUCAGAAUUCUGUCUGCGGGACAUUUUAUAGCUUGGAACCAUCGAUGUGAAUUUGGACAAGUUGUCUCCUGUUGGGUGCUUCCUUGGUUUUGGAUCCAGAGUCUGAUUAAUCUGGGAGGUGGAGGCGGAGCCUAACCCUGCACGCAGACACAGGUUUCAUAGAUGCACUGAAUUACAGCUAAAGGUGGAGGAGGAAUGAACGUUGGCGCGUUCAAGAGUGUUAAAGGAAAUGAGAAUCAGAGACUCUGAAAAAUAAACCUGUUGACUUUCAGGGAUGGGGUGGAGUUUUUGUCCGAUACUGCAGCCAGCCACCAGGGGGCGUUUCCCUUCCUUCCUACUGUUGAGCAGCUGCCCACCCUCGUUCGUUUGUUCUGUAAACAUCGUACUACUGAUUUAGUUAUUUAUUUUUAAAGCAGAGUUUUACCUGCGCUUGUAUCCAGGUGCGCUUGUCUCUGGGACAAGCUAAGCUAACCUAGCUGUCUCUACGUCGGUGGCAACUCCAAUGAAAAAGUGUCAAUAUUGUAAAAUCCAAUCAAACUCGCCUGUUUUAUGUAGGGAACAUUUUUACUUGGCAUUGUUUUAAGGAGCUGUUUUGUUGGUUUCUGUUGUGGCCUUUAAGGAUUUUGAGUUAAAGGUGUCUUCCUUCUGUUGUGCCGUUUGCCUUCCCGUCUUCUCUCACCUCUCACCCGUUUCCUCUGACGGGAGAGCAGCCUUCUGGGUUUCCACCGAGCCUGUGUUUUAGUUUUUAUGAGUUAAGAGUCUUUUGUCAGCCGCCUCUGAGGCAGCAGCAGGACUCUGUCGGGAAUAAGCGGAGCUCUUCUUUUCCCGUGUGAGAGCCUAAGCCCCUACAGGUGUGGUGGGGGACACCCCCCCUCCCCCAGACAGGAAGGCUGUGUGCUCUUACCUGCAGCAGAACACGUCUGAUUGAAUAACGUUGUCAGAAACAGCUUCUGUAACGUGUGGAGCUUCUCUUCUCAUGUUUUUUAACACUUUUGGCUAUUUUUGUGUCCUUUUCACGACUGAGGACGGACAUCUUCAGAGCACCUUAACCUCCUGUCCACAUUCCUCCCCCUCCCUCCCCAUCAGUGAGCUUCAGUAGCACCCCCGCCCCGUUCACCACUUACUAAAGUUGCGUGGCGUUGAAAUAUAGCUCAAUCGUGCAUUUGCACUUGUUUCUCCCGCUCAAUAAAAUCUAUUUGCUGACUCUGA